UCUCUUGCCGGAGGAGAUUCAGACUUCUAAAAUUUUUCCCGUUCGUCAAAUCAUUAUUAAGUUUUCUUGUCUUUCUUGGACUCCCUAUAUCUACCUUUGUUUGGAAGUGGAAGAUUCAAGGAGAAAGGAGGUGCCCCACAAGCUUGAAACUUGAAAUCCAUCUCUGUUGAUUAGUCGUCCCCUGAUCUGAGGUUAAAAAUUAUAUCCUUCAGUGAUGAGAUCAAUAUUGCAAAUUCGCAUUCCAUGUACCAGAGAUGAAGACGAAUUUUAUGCAGUAUCUCGUAGCCGUUAUUUAUGCUGAGCCAAAUUGCAGGUAAAUCCCUUUGUUCAGACCAAGGUGUUCUACACGAAUUCUGCUCAAUCAGCACAAUGGCAGCCACCUUGGUCAAGCAGAAUAAGUUGAAGAAGACUGUGUCAAAAAAAUCACAUUCCUGGUGGUGGGAUAGCCACGUCAGUCCUAAAAACUCUAGGUGGCUUCAAGAAAAUCUCGAAGAGAUGGAUCAGAAUAUCAAACGGAUGCUGAAACUCAUUGAACAUGAUGCGGAUUCGUUUGCUAAAAAGGCCGAAAUGUAUUACCAGAAGAGGCCAGAACUUAUUAAUCUCGUUGAGGAGUUCUACCGAAUGUACAGGUCAUUGGCAGAGCGUUAUGAUCAUGUUACUGGAGAGCUUCGGAAAAGCAUUCCCUCGGAUCUCCAAUCGCAGGGCUCCGGCAUCUCAGAUAUAAGUUCUGAACCACCUUCCACUUUGCCAUCUCCUGAUCGACGGCCCAGCCGACGAAAAUCUGGUACUCGUGCUGCUGGAUUUGAGUUUUUUCUUGGGCCUGGUGGAAAUGGCACAGACAUGUCCAACAAAGAAGGAGAUGAAUCAUCAACCCUGGAUUCUGACUCAGAAUCAGAUGAUUCUUCUGUAAACAAUUACACAGCAACACACGGUAGUGAUGAUGACCAAGGUUUGCGUAAGAGGAUUAUUGAAUUGGAGGUAGAGCUCCGUGAUGCAAAAGAGAAGUUUUUAAUGCUACAGGAGGAGAUUUCCGAAGGCUCCCACCGAGGAACCAAAAAUGAAAACUCUGAAAUUUUGCUGGCUAGACUAGCAGGAUAUGAGGAAGAGUUGAGGAAAGCAAGGGAGAAGAUUAGACUAUCUGAGGAACAGAUUAACAUGUUGAAAGAUGAGCUCCAAAAGUACAAGACGAUGGAAUUCACCAACAGUGUGCAUGGUAAGGAUGUCUCUGUGCUAGAAGAUGCAGUGGUUGUGGAAGACGGUUCCAAGGUGCACAAACAAGAGCUGACAGACCUUCAAGAACCCAAUGGUGAUUCGGAAACAGUGCACUCAGAAGACAAAAUCCACAACCUCAAGAAAGAGUUAAAAAUUACGAAAGAGAAGCUUCUUGAUUCCGAGAAGGAAGUUGCACGCUUAAGCUUGGAACUUCAGAAUAAUGGAUCGGCUAUCCAUGGCUUGCAGGAUCAGCUAGGAUCAGCACAAAAAGAUAUUUCUACUUGGAAAACCAAACUUGAAAAAGAGAGAAGGGAGGUCUUGAAGCUGCAGGACCGAAUUGUGAGGUAUAAAUCCAAUGUAUCAGAUCGUGAUCAAGAAAUCAGGAGAUUAAGGGAAACAAUUUCCAAUGCUAACGAGAGCUUAUCAGAGGAGAACUCUCAGCUUCGAACUGAAAUUACUCGAAUGGUGAAGGAAAAGACGUAUCUGGAGGAUAAUCUGAAAGAAAUGGAUUUACGCUGCCAAUCUUUGGAAGAGGAUGUCAGACGGAUCAAGGUGGGGAAAGCAGAGAUGGAAGCUAUGCUUGGGGCUGAAAUCGACGAAUUGAGCGUAGGCAUUCUCGAGAAGAGCAGUCACAUUGAAGAACUGAAUAGAAGUCUUGAUACAUUUAAGUUGAACUAUGAAACAUUGAGGGCAGAGAAGGAUGCACUUGAUGCAAAAAUUGUUAUGUAUGUUGCAGAAAUUAGUUCCAAAGACAUCCGCUUUGAUGAAAUGAACAAGCAUUUGCACCAAUCGCAUGUGCAGCAUGUUGAGUUGAUUGCUCGAGCUGAUGUAGCGCGUAAACAGGCGGAAGAGCUGCAAUUAAGAAUUAAAGAACUGGAGAGAGAGGUGGGGAGGCAGCGAGAAUUAAUUUUGGAAGGAGCAGAAGAGAAAAGAGAGGCUAUAAGGCAGCUAUGCUUCUCACUUGAGCAUUAUAGGAACGGCUACCAUAUGCUACGGCAGGCUGUCAUAGGGCACAAGCGACUUCCAGUGAUGGCAUCCUAAAGUAAUUGACAGCAACGGACACCGUCAUUCCUCCUCUUUCUCUGUCCCUCGUAAAAUGCAAUGAUCUGUUUUGUUUUGCAUGUGAUGCUAUUUUGCUGCUGUAAAAUUUAUCUGCCGCUCAGUGCUCUACCAUUUGUACUUGGCCAGUAUGUAUGAUACGAGUUUUUUGUACUUC